GGGCCAUGGCGAUCGUCUCCUAUGGGUCCCUCCCACAUGCUGCGGAAUCUCCGAAAAAGCGAUCUUCAAGCUUCCUGAUUGGAAUCGCUGCGGCGUCAGCGCUCCUUUUGGUUGGCGUGAUCGCACUUGUAGCCAGACAGGACUUUGAAGACCCUGAUGGCUCCGUCACUCUGAUGAAUCUCAAUGCUCAGGAGGCUCGUGAGAUGAAGGCUCGCAGACAGUCUCUCGUCGUUCGUGGAGGCCAGGAGGACGUUGCUGGAAACCCUGAGGGCGGAAUCCUCGAAAACGUCCCCCCCACUGUUGUUGCCCCAGUUCCAGGACCCCCUGACUUCAACGGUGCUUCUGCCAUCGUCGCUCGCUUGCCAAACAUUGGAUUCGCUCCUUCCAUGCUCACCGAGAAGGGAUUUGAGACCCGCGGCUCCUUCACUGUGAGGAAGUCACGCGCUGGGGAGUCUUUCUACCUCCGGGUGUACGGGAAGUUGAACCAUAACAUGCGCUGCACCCUCAGAGGGUACCGCAACCUCGCUGGAGACUUCACUGGAAACACCAUCUACACUGGAUUCAAGAAGAUCUACACUGGAAAGUCUCAGGUCCAGACUGGCCACGUUCCUCGUGGUAUUGUUGGAGAGUUCGACAUUAUGACCUGCAGGGAUCUUAACAACGGUGAGGUCCAGUACUUCCGCAUUCGUUACGACUAAAUCCAUUGGACUAUGACCGAAACGUUUUUCGUCAGAGAACAUCUGUCCCCUUAACUUCAUGCACUAGAUAAAUCUAUGAUUCCG